AUUAAAACUUAUCUUGUGGUCACACCGGUUCCCUGUACAAAUGUACAAAAAAUAAAUAAUCAUCCCAUCACGCAGAUACAAAUUUAAGGUUUUACAUAUAAAAAACUUGCUAAGAAUUGGGUGUGAAAAUACAAACAAUUUGCAAUGAAUUUGACGGAUCAGAAUCCGUACGGCAACGGCCUACUUUAUGCUGGCUUUAACCAGGACCAAGGAUGCUUUGCUUGUGCCACUGAUACCGGAUUUCGGGUAUACAAUUGUGAUCCACUGAAGGAAAAGGAACGUCAAUACUUUCCCGAAGGUGGCCUUAGUCAUGUUGAAAUGCUCUUUCGUUGCAAUUAUCUGGCACUGGUUGGUGGGGGCAUUAGGCCUCUAUAUCCACCCAAUAAAGUGAUCGUCUGGGAUGACCUGAAGAAAUCGCCGGCCAUUUCAUUGGACUUUAAUCAGCCGGUGCGUGCGGUACGUCUGCGACGUGAUCGCAUCGUUGUUGUGCUGGAGGGCGUGAUCAAGGUGUACACAUUCACACAGCAGCCACAACAGUUGCAUGUGUUUGAGACGAGCGCCAACCCGAAUGGCUUGUGUGUGCUCUGUCCGCAUAGCAAUAAAAGCCUACUAGCAUUCCCGGGUCGACGAACCGGCCAUGUACAGAUCGUUGAUCUUGCCAACACAGAGCGUGCCCCCUUGGAAGUGAUCGCUCACGAGGCAGCAAUAAGUUGUAUUGCUCUCAAUUUGCAGGGCACACGGCUGGCCACCGCUGGUGAGAAGGGCACGCUAAUUCGCAUCUUUGAUACGGAGAAUGGCAAAAAGGUGUCGGAACUGCGGCGUGGCAGCAAUCAUGCUAAUAUAUUUUGCAUUAAUUUUAAUCAUCAAUCCACUAUGAUUGUGGUUGCCUCUGAUCAUGGCACCAUUCAUGUCUUUAACUUGGAGGGCAACAAGCCGCAGCAAUCGUCACUUCCCAUUUUACCCAAGUAUUUCUCAAGUCAAUGGAGCUUUGUGAAAUUCUCCAUACCACAAGGACCUCGCUGUAUAUGUGCCUUUGGCGCCGAUUCCAAUUCGGUUGUGGCAAUUUGUGCCGAUGGACAUUACUAUAAAUUCCUAUUCAAUAGCAAGGGCGAAUGCAGUCGGGAUGUUUGCACGCAGUUCCUGGAGCUCCAGGAUGACGAAACUUAAAGUUGAACAAUUUUACUCUCUGACGCCUGUCCUCUAACUGCAUAUUAAUAUCUACAUAUACAUACAUACAUAUAUACAUAAAAGAAAAAUGUGUUAUACAAAAUUAUACUUAAGCAUGCUUUAAACAAACGUUACAAGUCGGAAGUUCACAUAAAAAUCUAGUUAACAAAUCAAAGUUGUCAUUUAAAUGAGAAUCCAACACACACCAGAAUUGAUCGCACGCUAAGCUAAGUAUGUAAGCUGUCAAAUUGUAAGCUUACGCUUUAAGCGGAACAACUUGAAGUAGUUUGGAAUCUAGACAAUGCGGAAAAGUUUAAAGAGUUCCUCUCAAUUAUGUUAUAAUUGAAUUCGAUGGGCAAAUACAAAACUUACUGAAGAUACUAUCAACGCUAAAUCUAAAUAGUAAGAGCUAGAACGCUGAUCUUUCUACACAUUAUUAUAUUUAUACUGGAAAUUGGGUUAUAGGGAAAAGUUGGCCAUCAAAAUGAAAUCAAACAUCAGCUUUUGGUAUUGUAUUGCUUUGUUACUUAUAAAUAUCACUGGAUUAUCAAGUAUUUAUGUGAAAGUGAAAGGAGGAAAAUAUUACAAAUGUGUCUAUGGAAUUACAAGUGUGUUGUAUUGCUGCUCUCCUCGAAGGCGUGAUUGGUGGCACCUCUGAGAGGAUUACUGUUUGCUUGCGGCGCAAAAUCACUUUGUUGCAGGUGGAUAAUCUUCGCCUGCUGCUGCGAACUGAUUGGCACAUGUAGAUUCUGCAGAUUGUCCAAGUGUAUAGCAUUGGACGGUUGCGUCUGUUGUUGUUUCUCAAGCUCCUUCGGCGAUGGCUGUUUGCGCAACAGAUUCAUAUCGGAUUUCUUCGAGAAAUGUGCCUCGAUUUCCUGCAAUAACAAAUAUAUAAAGUUGUUAAUCCAAGCAUUCAUUUUACGGCUAGUUUCAACUCACGCCCAGAGUGCGACCCUCUGUCUCGGGAAGUGUAAAGUAGAGGACAAUGGUGCCAACAAACGCAACUGUGGCAUAGAAAGCAAAUGUGCCUGGUAGCGUCAAUGUAGCCAACAUGAAGAGAAACAGUUUAUUGGCUAAAAAGCCAAAAACAUAACCAACGCCACCGGCAAAUCCCGAGGCGCUGUUACGAAUGUCCGCGGGAAAGACUUCGCCAAUGAGAAUCCAGGGUAUCAUACGUAUGCCCAGAUGUGAGAAGAAGGCGGAGAGCAGUAACAGAAUCAGCGGCACCCAAACCAAAUAGUUGGUCUUCUGUUUGGGAACAGUCAGCAAUAGAUCCUCGGCAAUGGGUGGCUUCGAAGAAGUCAAUUCACUGCGCUCAGUGGAGCUCGGCAUGACACUCGAAUCUUCCGGCAGCAGCGUAGUAGUCUCUAGAUCCUCCUCCGGCUGCAUUGUGGUGUCCAACUCUCGCCUGCUGCGAUUUCCUGACUCGGUUGUAUACAUUUCCAGAUCUGGCAAUAGAGUAGUCAGCUCCUGUUGCUCCUGCAGCUCAUCCUGCCGUUGACUCUCAAAUAUUUUGGAUAUAUUCGCCUGCGAGAUAAUGCUAUCCUUGGGCACGAUGGCAGAUGCAUUGAUGACCACAUUGUUCACUCCAAAACCGGGAACUUCGUUUAGGAAAUGAGCGUAGGUCGCGGUGCCCAAAAAGCACAGUCCGGUGCCCACCGUCGAGACCAAGACCAGCGGACGUUUGCCCGUGAAAUGUAUGAGAAUGACGCCCAGUAUGGUAGAGAUCAUCUCGGCCACGCCCAACAGAAUGGUGGCAUGGUAUUUGUUCAUGGGUGCCUUCAGAGUGUGGAAGAUUUGCACCGCAUACGUCUGCAGCGG